CCCUCCUCAGAUUUUUAAAAAAUACAAUGUCUAAUGGUUAUGAAGACCACAUGGCCGAAGACUGCAGGGAUGAUAUCGGGAGAACGAAUUUAAUUGUCAACUACCUCCCUCAGAACAUGACCCAGGAUGAGUUGCGGAGUCUGUUCAGCAGCAUUGGUGAAGUCGAGUCGGCGAAGCUCAUUCGGGAUAAAGUAGCAGGGCACAGCUUGGGCUAUGGCUUUGUGAACUACGUGACUGCCAAGGACGCGGAGAGAGCCAUCAACACGCUGAAUGGCCUGCGGCUCCAGUCAAAAACUAUUAAGGUGUCGUAUGCUCGCCCAAGCUCAGAGGUCAUCAAAGAUGCCAACCUAUACAUCAGUGGGCUCCCGAGGACCAUGACCCAGAAGGACGUGGAGGACAUGUUCUCUCGGUUCGGGCGAAUCAUCAACUCCCGGGUGCUCGUGGAUCAGACCACAGGUUUGUCCAGAGGGGUUGCGUUUAUCCGGUUUGACAAACGUUCGGAAGCAGAAGAGGCAAUUACCAGUUUCAAUGGUCAUAAACCCCCAGGUUCCUCCGAGCCCAUUACAGUGAAGUUUGCCGCCAACCCCAACCAGAACAAAAACAUGGCGCUUCUCUCCCAGCUCUACCACUCGCCGGCCAGACGCUUCGGAGGCCCUGUCCACCACCAGGCACAGAGAUUCAGGUUCUCCCCUAUGGGUGUAGAUCACAUGAGUGGGCUUUCGGGUGUCAAUGUCCCGAGCAACGCGUCUUCGGGCUGGUGCAUCUUCAUCUACAACCUCGGGCAGGACGCCGAUGAGGGGAUCCUCUGGCAGAUGUUUGGCCCCUUUGGGGCGGUCACCAAUGUGAAAGUGAUCCGCGACUUCAACACCAACAAGUGCAAAGGCUUUGGCUUUGUGACCAUGACAAACUAUGAAGAAGCCGCCAUGGCCAUAGCAAGCCUGAAUGGCUACCGCCUGGGGGACAAAAUCUUACAGGUUUCCUUCAAAACCAACAAGUCCCACAAAUAACUCGCUCAUGCUUUUUUUUUGUACGGAAUAGAUAAUUAAGAGUGAAGAAGUUGAAACUUUUUUGUUAGUGUACAACUCAUUUUGCGCCAAUUUUCACAAGUGUUUGUCCUAGUCUAAAUGAGAAGUGAAGAGGUUUUUAUACUCGGGGAUGCAACCGACAUGUUCAAAUGUUUGAAAUCCCACAAUGUUAGACCAAUUUAAGUUUCUUAAGUUAUUUCCUUUAAAAUAUAUAUUAAACAGAAAUCUAAGUAGACUGCAUUGACUAACCAGUCCCUCGGGACGGUGGUGAACCUGAAGCAUGCUUUACCCUCUAAGACUGUCUAACACUCAUUUCAUUCGGUGUCUCCACAAACUGGAUUUAAAAAAAAAAAAAAAAGGAAAAGGAAGAAAAAAAAAAAAAAGACCUGACCUUUAGUUCUAGUUUCCAGACUAAAGAUGUUAGACAGAUGCUGAGCGUGUGCUUCCCCAGCCGCUUCCCCGUUUGUGAGCGAUUUCUGCUUUUGGUUGGCGGGAAAUUGUUUUCCCAAGCAGGUGCCGUCACCACCUCCUGCUCCCUCGGCCCCGGCCCCGCAGGGGUCCCCGCCGGGGGUGGGGCCCGCACGCUGGGCCCUCCACGGAAGGACACGACCAGGUCUCCGUCAGCCCAGGCCAGUGGGAACGGACCAAAGAGUUUCAGGGAAACUCCAGUAUAUUCCCCAGCCAGACCUAGCUCCAGGCACACCCGAGGACGUGUCGCUACCCGGACAUCCCGUCCUGUCCCCAGGCCGGCGCGCGGUGCCCGCCCCCCAGAGCCCCCCCCCAGCGGGCGGAAGACCGCUGCGCGUCUGACGGUCCCAGAAACAUUUGAGCAUGGUACUUCUCGCAUCCCUUCUCGUGAGCGCUAGACUUUGUUGUUGUUGGGUUUUUCUAUUUUAGUCAGAUUUCGUUUUUGAAACUUUGCUUUCGUAUGAACACUCAGCAGAAAAGUACUUACUUCUUGCCAGUUAUCUAUUAACAACAACGGGAAAAAAAUGCCCCUUUGAUUUGUAGUUUUAAAGAUUAACCCUCCCAAGUCCUCUUCAUAACUGCCUUGGCAUUUUGGGUUGUUCUGUUCUGUUAAUUUUCUUUUGCUUUUUUGUGUUUUUUGUUUGUUUUUACUUUUGCAUUUAAGACCAUUAAAUUUGAUUUUGUUUUGCUCGAAUUUUGUUUUGUUUUUUAUUUUACCUUUUCUUUCUUUUUGGCUAGGUAAGGCACAGACGGCCAGCGUUCAGGGAGGAUUUGUAAGACCUUAGGAAACAAAGCCUGUGUGGAGACCGAGCGUCUGCAGUCUGUGCCGCAGGCGUGUGUGGUCCCGGACGGCGCUCGGUGUGAACGGGGGGAGCCGAUAGGGAGAGGCCGAGGGCGAGCCUGAGAAGGGGCAGGGCCAGAUCCCCGGGCACCUCCGGGGUGUCAGCGGACUUUUAUGACUGUCUAGUGUGUAGAGAGGGCCAGAAACUCCGUACCAACGGUUUUUAGCCUCUAACAGAAGACUAAAAACCAGUGGGCAGUUUUGGCUGAUUGGUAUGGAAUUGCAGCAUUAUCUAUCUAUUUCUCUACCUACCUACCUACUUAUUUAUUUAUUUAAGCGGGAAAAAUUGGGCACAGCCUUCUCCAGAGCAGGUCGGUGUUCUGAGAAGCCCUCGGACAGCGUGAGGCUCCCUGUUGCCCCCCAGACUCCACUGAGGGCCUGCCUGGCAUCAUCCGCCCCCACCCCGAGAUGCUGGCAUGUUCUCUUCCACAGAAGGGCCAAGCGCAUACCUCGAGGCCUUCUCAUGAGUUGGCCACGUCCCACAGAGGACCUCUGUCCCUCCCCCCCCCCGCCCCACCUCACCCCCAGCGGAAGUUUCCAGAUCCUGAGUCAAAGACAGCUCACGGGCCUCCUGGAACCCAGAACCGAGGCCCGUUUGGCCGGAUUUGACACUGAGCGGGUCCCCACUCUGUCUACCUGGGCGCCCUUCACCACAGAGCAGGAUGUUUUCCUGGAAGAGCAUGCCUUUCAGGUCGUGCUGGCCUUGGGCCAAGCAUCUUCUCCAUGAGGAUGAGAUUCCCGAUCCCGAAAGCGACCGGUGGGCCUGUUCCUGCCCGCCCCCACUAGCGGUCCAUUUCUUAGACUCCGCCGGAAGUGUAGACUGUGAAAGACCGUGAGCUGGAAGCCAGCCCCGGCACUCCCCUCUCCCCUCCCUGCUCUCUGCACCGGAUCGAUCUUUCUGAUGCCGGCACCGAGGAGGAGGAGGAAAUGAGCCUUGGAAAUCGGCCCGAGGAGUCUCAGUUCAGUAUAAUUCUCCUUUUACGUGGUCUCCACUCCUUCCACAGCCUUCUAGCUAAAACCCCAAUGCAUUUCUUUGGGAGUGUUAUUUUGCAAGUUGUGUGGCAGGAUUUCACUUUCCACCUGUGACCUAACCCUCCCAUCCAGGUACCACAUGUUGGCCCUGUGUCCGAAAAGUCCCAUCAUAUCAUCCUCAGGCCUGUUUGUAAAAGGCAGAUCUCAUUUUUUUUUAAGUCAGGAUACAAAAGAAACCGUUUUUUAAAAAAAUUUUUACAUAGAUCAGUCGCAUUUGUAUUUUGCAAAAUGAGUGCUCUCCUUUUAUUUGGGAGUUUUGGUGAGAAAGAAUAAAGAGUAGAUAAUGUUAAUUUAUCGAAAGUUUGGUUUGGUACACAAACACCAAAGAGGCUUUGAUAGAAUUUUCUUUUGGCCUGCGUACCUUCCCCUGACGGCUGUUUGCCGAGAGGCUUCCAAACCUGUGAACCUGGUCCCCGUUGAGCUAUUCAUUUUUUACGCCCCAGCUCUGCCCUGCUUUAGUUUUUCGUUGUAGUAUGCCAAGCGAUGAUUUUCUGCGCUGGCUGUGCCUCUGGUCGCCCGCCGCGUGACUGGGAUCCCCUCCCUGCCCCCUGCCCCCACCCCCAUGGCCACCGUCUUGCCAUCUUGAAGCCAGCUGCCAGACGGGCUUUCUUGGCCGGGAGGCAGAUGGUGCGUUGGGCUCCGCCUUCUUUGUCCCCUGAAGGUGAGUCCUUUCCCUUUGCCAAGGGCAGCUGCCUUAACCUUUGAGAGUCUGCGCUUGGCCUUAGCUCGCAGGGUCCGAACCGCGCUGCUCUGGGCUGGCAGCCGGGCAGGGCACGGUCCCUGCAGAUCAGACAAGUCGAUGAACCCGAAGACAGUUCCUGACAGUAACGCGUCCUGGUCUGCCUCCAAAUGAGGGCCGUUGGCCGCCCCAGGUCCGCCGUCAGACUUGAAAAUCAAAGUUAACGUCACCUAGCUGUUGCAUUUCGCAUCCGAUCCAGCCUGGCUUUAUUACUCCGUGCUUCUCGCAGCCACCCCGGGUUGGAUGAGAGAGAGAAUAAGCUGCCAAAGGUCUAUGUUCCCCGGCCCUCCGCCUGAGAUCCUCCCCACCCCCCUUCCCAGGGCCUCUGGCACCUCUGGGAGCUGAGGCAGCCCCUCAGGAAACACCUCCCGCUGUCCGUCAGGUUCCCAGGCCCGACCCCCAGCACUGAAGUCCCAAGUGCUCUCCGUCGAAUGGCGUCCGUAACUGACCCUCGCUUACAACAGCGGUAGACAGAAGCUGAGUCCCGGGCCCCUGCCCUCCCCCACCACCGCCCAUCCCCCAUAAGGUUCAUAUGUCCCAACCUUUUCUCCAUUUGCCUCUGACUUCUAAUGAUUGUAUCGCAUAUUUUCCCACAGCCUUUUGGGGCCAUAGUUUUUUAGUUUUCCGUUUGGUCAUUAAAGACAGACAAAAACCCCCAACAAGUUACUUGUGCGGCACCGCAGGGACCUAAGUCAGGCUCAUGGAUGGUCAGAGCAGCGGUUUGGAGAGGAUUGUGUUGCAUUCCGCCUGGAGACCAGGCUCGGCCGUUGGUCGGGGCCACCUCCGUACCAUGUAACGUGGCAUUUACAGUGACUUGCUCUGGGGGGCGGCGCGCCUGGGCAGCUGGCUCCCGCGUGUGCAGUAGACGGGCAGACGUUUUGUAUAUUAGCGUGUUUUAAGUUAUUGAUUUGUUUUAUAUAAAAUAAUUUAUUUUUCAGGUGCCAUCUUUCCUUUUAACUUUGUUUUUACAUGGGUUUGUUUUCAAUAAAGUAUGACGCUGCUGUCCAAAAGCCACCAAUAAAAUGAAUACCCUUGUGUUCUUUUGAGGAAUGUUUAUGUAACUAGCUCUUUUUUUUUUUUUUUAAUUAUUUUCAGGGGAAAGAAAGCAAAAAAAACAAAAAGAACAAAACAACAAAAAAGCAAAGCCCGUCUCAGUCCUUCCUCUCCCCAUUUGCCUUUUUAUCCUUGUGAAUAAAUGUUCUUUAGUGUUCUAGGAGGAAAAAGCAAACCUAGGUUUUGAUAAUCUAGAAGAUUUCAGCUUACUAAGGAAGCUUUGAAAGAAGACCGUUUUUCAAAAUUUUAGUGAAGUGUGACUAUUUUCUGUCAACCGCUUUCUCGAAGAGAGUGACACUUUUGCACCAUUUUCAGAGUUUUUAUAGAGAUGCCAAAUUGAUAUAUUUACAUGUAAUGGAAACAUGAAAACGUUUUAUUAAACAAUUGUUCAUAGCUGUGUAGACAUUUUAAUUCAGCCUCCAAAGCUCUCAAAGCGUAUUUUUGGAGUACGGAGCGAUGAUCGGGUUGGGGUGCCGCUUACGCUUCCCAGCGACUCGACUGUCCGGAUCUUCGACCUUCCACAGGGACCAGGUUCGUGUCAAACGCUGUAUGUUACCCAUGACUGGAAUUCUGUGCUAUUUUGGUAAUAAACGAAAUGGGCUCGUUGAGA